AAAGGACCAUAUCUGGGGGUGGAAGGGGGGUUGCAUUCACGGAGGAGGUAGCUGCUGAUUUGAAAGGGGCUGGAGUGCAGAGGGAGCAGCCAUCUUUUGCUUGCCUCAAACUCCAUGACCUCUGGCUGUUGCUAUCCAUUUGACAUGAAAAACAAAUCUGUGUGCUGCAAGGAUCAAAUAUUGUUAUUAGGGUCAAAUGAGCCUUGAGGGAAGGAAGGCUCUUGAAGGGCCCUUCUUGAAGGGAUAUCGGCACAGAAGCUUUAAAAAAAAAAGAAUUUCUCCCCAACAAUUGUCAAGAAAAAAUAACUUUGAGAGCAGAUGGACUUCAGAGGAGGCGGUGGCCUGAGACAAAAUGGCUGCCUAACAGGACUCCCACUCCAGUUGGGAUCUCCAUUUCCAAACUAUGUUGCCAAGGACAAAAAUGAAAGAAGAAGACCCAGAAGACCUGCAACCAGACUUGUUGGAAAAGUGCCCCCCUCAUGUCAGCUGGAGGGAAUUUCUAAACGGUGUGGUGCCACAACAAAUCAAACAGGAACCAGAGGAGGGUUUGGUGGAGCACUGGGAAACACAGUGGCAAGAGUUUCUGAAGACUGUGGAGUCUCCACAUGUGCAGUGGGGGGAUCCACAAAUGAUGGAAGGACCAAUACAGGACCCAGAGGGGCCUCUAGCCUCUUUGGAAGAGUCUGUCGAUGCCAACCAGCACCCAAGAAGCCAGCGAGAACAUCAAAUCUGGCUAGGCCUUGAGGAGGAAUCUCAACAGGCUGGUAGCCACCUGGAAACCAAGGUCAUGGGAAACACCACAGAGCUAAAGGAAGAAAUCCGAGACGAGACAGUGGCAAGCACAGAGGCCCAGCGCCGGCGCUUCAGGCAACUGCGCUACCAAGAAGGAGAUGGGCCACGUGUGGUUUGUGGCCAGCUUUGGUAUCUCUGCCACCAGUGGCUAAAGCCAGAGAGCCACACCAAGGGACAGAUCCUGGAGCUGCUGAUCCUGGAGCAGUUCCUGGCCAUCCUGCCCCUGGAGAUCCAGAGCUGGCUGAGGGAGCACAGAGCGGAGAGCUGCGCCCAGGCGGUGGCCCUGGCUGAGGCAUUCCUGCUGAGGCAGGGAGAGGCUGGAAGAGGGGAACAGCAAAAGGGAUCCAAACCAGAUGACAUCAUUUUCCUCUGCUCCUCAAAACAACAACCCUGAGAGAUCUUGCCUCUAGUCACGAAGGAGGCAUCUGUGAAUUCCCACAAAGAAGAAUCAACUCCCUUGGACUCUGAAGAAACUAAGCCAGGGGACCAAAGCUUAAUAGAGAACGAGUCUUCCUUUGUUAUAACAAGUGUUAGCUGGGUAUCCCAAAAUGAGGAAGAAAACCUUGCUCCGGGAUUUAUUGAUCGAAUGGAGCCCUCUGGGUCAUUGGUGCAGCAACCAGACACGAGUAGCAUCCAGUGUCCCAAUCGGGAAAAUGCUUUGGAGAGUCAGCCCAGGCCUGAGAUGCAGCGAGGAAACCACAAAGGCAGAGCAGCAGGGAAAUCCAUUUGUUAUAGGAGAGCAGAUAAGGAGCUUACCAAAACUGCAGUGCAACAGAAGACUCCCACUGAUGAGAAGCAAAAGACAUGCCACAUUUGCAAAAAAAGUUUCAGCUGGAGUACAGAUCUUACUAAGCAUGAGAGGACCCACACAGGAGAAAAACCUUACAAAUGUCUGGACUGUGGGAAAAGCUUCAGCCAGAAAUCAGACCUUAAUAUCCACCAGAGAAUCCACACAGGAGAAAAACCCUUUAAAUGUUCUCACUGUGGAAAGAGCUUUAGCAGGAGCACAAACCUGAUUGUGCAUGAGAGAUCACAUACUGGUGAGAAGCCAUAUAAAUGCUCAUACUGUGAGAAAACAUUCUGCGCCGGAUCACAGCUUAUUACCCAUCAGAGAAUCCAUACGGGAGAUAAGCCCUAUAAAUGUUUUGAGUGCGGGAGAACCUUUAGCUGGAGCGCAACCUUCCGAAGGCACCAGAGAAUCCACACGGGGGAGAAACCAUAUAAGUGCUUGGAAUGUGGUAAAAACUUCAGUUUCAAGUCCGUUCUUAUUGCUCACGAGAGGACUCACACAGGAGAUAAGCCUCACAAAUGCAUGGACUGUGGAAAAAGCUUCAGCCAGAGGGCACACCUUAACAGUCAUCAGAAAAUCCACACAGGAGAGAGGCCAUUUCAGUGCUCACAGUGUGGGAAAAGUUUUGGUCUGCGGUCAGUUCUGAUCACUCAUGAAAACACCCAUGUUUUAGAGAAACCACACAAGUGCUCAGAAUGUGGGAAAAGUUUCAGUAACAAAUCCCAGUUGACAAACCAUCAGAGACUGCAUACAGGAGACAAACCCUAUAAGUGUUUUGUCUGUGGGAAAACUUUCAACUUGAGCUCCCUCCUUACUGGACACUUGAGAACCCACACAGGAGAGAAGCCAUACAAAUGCUCACACUGUGAGAAAAGCUUCAGUGGCCGGUCCACCCUUGUUGCGCAUGAGAGAACACACACAGGAGAGAAGCCGCACAAAUGCUCAGAUUGUGGGAAAAGCUUCAGCCAGAAAACAAAUCUUAACAGCCACCGGAGAAUCCACACUGGAGAGAAGCCUCAUACAUGUCCAGACUGUGGGAAGGGCUUUAGCCAGAAAUCACACCUCCUUACUCAUUGGCGAGACCAUACAGGAGAGAAACCUUUUAAAUGUGCCUGUUGCAAUAAAAGCUUCAGUGCCAGAUCGACCCUUGUGGCGCAUGAGAGAACCCACACAGGGGAGAAGCCACAUGAAUGCAAAGACUGUGGGAAGAGCUUCAGCCGGAAAGCUCAUCUUACUAGACAUGAGAGAACACAUGAUGCAGAGAAACCCGUUUUAGGACUGAGUCAAUAGAAUGUAUUUCUAUGGCAACUCCCUGAACAAAGAUUCCUUCCUCUGGAGCAAACGCUUCUUUUAAAGUGGUGCUGAGCUGUGACAUGUUCAUGCACCAUCUAUGAACAAAGGAACAAUGAUUUUCUUCUCUACAAGGUUAUAAUAUUGUUUUAAUUCAUUGUAUGACUUUUAAUCAGGUGACAAGCUUGGAGGAAGGAUGUGAUACAAAUGUGAUAAAUGGGUUUAAAAAUAUUGAUUCUGUGACCAGGAAGAGGAAGGAAUAGUUCACGUCCCGUUACAUACAACCAAUGCAAAUGCACAUUCGGAAAAAAUAGACGACAAAUUCAGUUACAUUUAUUAUUUGGUUAUUUUAAGGGUUAUAAAUCCUGCCUUUCCAUUACAAUGUAGAAGCACAGUAAAAGGGAUGAAACAUAAUCUAAAUGCCAGAAGCUGUGCCAGAUUUAUAUAUCAAAAGCCGAGACAUCUGGGCAUCUAGAGCGAUUGAGGGAGGAGGUCUGCAACUAGGUCCUUGUCUCCAGUAACCAGGCACUACCUGGCCAAGGGCCUCAGCCAAAGAUCUUAGUUGCCGGGUGCGUUCAUAUGGGAGUCAACAGUCCUUAACACACUCUUGUUCCAGACCAUAAUUAAAUA